AAUUAAUCGUUGUUUCAUUCCGAUGUAACUAUUUGAUAGGCUCAGGGUUAGAUAGGAUUACCCGAUUAGGUUUAGGAUUAGGGUUACGUUCAGAUUUGCUUACGAUCACCUUCAUCCUCACUCAUUUCUUGUGACUCGAGGGUUGCGUUUCACCUCUACGUUUCGAUUGUUAACGUUUUCGUACUUCACAGGGUUUCGAUUCAAAAUCUGAAAAUAGGAGGCAGUGGCUGAUUGUGUAGGUUGUGGUGGAGGUGGUUUUGCUGAUCAGUUGUGGUAGAAGUUAAGAAAGAAAGAAAAAUUGAAAAUGAGUUCCGACAGCCGCAGCCGAAGCAGAAGCAGGAGUCGGAGCCCAGGGGUCCGUAAGAUUCGUUCUGAUCGAUUUUCCUUUCGCGAUGCCCCUUACAGGAGAGAUUCAAGUCGGGGUUUCAGCCGAGACAAUUUGUGCAAGAACUGCAAGAGGCCUGGUCAUUAUGCUAGAGAAUGCCCUAAUGUUGCCGUGUGCCACAAUUGUGGCCUCCCUGGGCACAUUGCUUCUGAAUGCUCCACGAAAUCACUGUGCUGGAAUUGUAAAGAACCUGGCCACAUGGCCAACAGUUGUCCAAAUGAGGGCAUUUGCCACACCUGUGGUAAAGCUGGACACCGUGCUAGGGAGUGCUCAGCUGCUCCAAUGCCUCCUGGGGACUUAAGGUUGUGCAAUAACUGUUAUAAACAGGGCCACAUUGCUGUUGAAUGUACCAAUGAGAAGGCUUGCAACAAUUGUAGGAAAACAGGGCACUUGGCACGUGAUUGUCCAAAUGACCCAAUUUGCAACUUGUGCAAUGUUUCUGGACAUGUGGCUAGACAAUGUCCAAAAUCCAAUGUCCUUGGUGACCACAGUGGCAGAGGAGGAAGCCUUCGUGGUGGUGGCGGCGGGGGUGGUGGCGGUUAUCGAGAUGUUGUGUGCAGGAACUGCCAGCAAUUGGGUCACAUGAGUCGAGACUGCAUGGGGCCAUUGAUGAUUUGUCACAAUUGUGGAGGUCGUGGUCACUUGGCAUAUGAGUGUCCGUCUGGUCGGUUUGUGGAUCGCUACCCUAGUAGGAGGUACUAGUGUGGAUGACAAGUUAUGGAUUAUGGUUAUAUGGUUGUUUUUCAAUGAUUAUCUCGCUGAGGACUGAUUGUUGAAUCUUGGUAGUGUAUGUGUUUGUUUUACUCUUUUAACUUGGGGUGAGACACGACAAGGAUCAUGAUGCCAAUUAUCGGCCAUUCAGUGCUUAUGAUUGUGCUUGUGUUAGGAAUAAGAAUUUGCUGCCUCUUACAGGCGUGGUUUUGUGUUAUGCAUUCUGCUGCCUUAAUAGGCUGUUUAUUUUUAUUUCUCUGAUACAGGACAAGUUUUUAUAUGAUUGAGGAUGGAGUUUACAAUUACAUAAUGUUAUUAAGAUGGUGUUUAUUUCACGGA